AUGGAAGAAUCAAGCCAAGUCCUCUUUGACAAAUACGAGAUCGGAAAACUUCUCGGAACCGGUCACUUCGCCAAGGUAUAUCACGGAACAGAGAUAGCCACCGGUGAUGACGUGGCGAUCAAGGUGAUAAAAAAAGACCCCGUCUCAAGACGUCGAGGCAUGACGGAGCAAAUCGAAAGAGAGAUCUCCGUCAUGCGUCUCCUCCGUCACCCAAACGUCGUGGAGCUCCGUGAAGUCAUGGCCACGAAGAAAAAGAUCUUCGUCGUCAUGGAGUACGUCGACGGCGGAGAGCUUUUCGAGAGGAUAGAUAAAGACGGGAAGCUCCCGGAGAAUCUCGCGCGGAAGUAUUUCCAGCAACUGAUCUCCGCCGUCGAUUUCUGCCACAGCCGCGGCGUUUUCCACCGCGAUAUCAAGCCGGAGAAUCUCUUGCUUGACGGAAACGGCGAUCUCAAGGUCUCGGAUUUUGGAUUAUCCGCGUUGAUGACGCCGGAGCAGCUCGGCGGUAGACGUGGCAGCAGUGAUGACCUUCUCCAUACUCGGUGCGGGACUCCGGCUUACGUGGCGCCGGAGGUUCUCCGGAAUAAAGGAUACGACGGAGCUAUGGCUGAUAUUUGGUCGUGCGGCGUCGUUUUGUAUGCUCUCCUCGCUGGCUUCUUGCCGUUUGUCGACGAAAACGUCAUGACAUUGUACACAAAGAUCUUCAAAGCUCAAAUCGAAUUCCCGCCAUGGUUUUCUCCAGAAUCAGAAGAAAUGAUCUCAAUGUUGCUUGUGGCUGAUCCCGAACAACGGAUUACAAUGUCGGAGAUCAAAAUGAUCCCAUGGUUCCGGAAGAAUUUCAAACCGCCGGUAGCGUUUUCAAUCGACGAGACAAUCGCAUCUCCGCCGGAGCCGGAGCCACCGACGAAAAAGAAGAAGAAACACCUGAACCUUGAUGACGAAGACGACGACGGAGUUUCUCCGAGAUCUUUCAACGCCUUCCAACUAAUCUCAUCAAUGUCUUCAGGUUUCGAUCUCUCAAGCUUAUUCGAGAUCAAACGGAAACCGAAAAGGAUGUUCACGUCGAAGUUACCGGCGAUAUCGGUUAAGGAGAGGCUGGAGACGGCGGCGCGUGAGAUGGACAUGAGGGUGAAACACGUGCAAGACUGUAAGAUGAAGCUGCAGAAGAGAACGGAAGGAAGGAAAGGGAGGCUCUCGGUGACGGCGGAAGUUUUCGAAGUCGCUCCUGAAGUCUCCGUCGUGGAGUUCUGUAAAUCGUCCGGCGACACUUUGGAGUAUUACUUGUUUUGUGAGGAUGACGUCAGGCCAGCUCUUAAAGACAUUGUCUGGUCUUGGCAAGGUGAUGAUGAUGAUGAAGACGAUGUUAACAACACUAAUGACAAUGAUAAUAAUCACGCAAUAAAUAAUAAUAAUCAUUCAUGA